AUGGCACAAGAAUGCCAGGCCGAAGCCUGCGCAAUCCAAUCUUGCCUCUCGAAAAACAACUACAACGAGUCGCGCUGCGCGGCCGCCGUGAAGGACCUGUACGCGUGCUGCGCGGCCAUGUAUGCGCGGGCUGAGGCAGCUGGAGAGAUCAAAGAGGGCGCGAAGAGCGAGAGCUGUCCCAUCCCUUCGGUGGUCGCGCGCAAGAUGAAGCAGUUCGGCAAGGAGGCAUAA